AUGCCUUCUUUCGCUCAAAAAUUUUUGUCUGCAACAUUAACACUAUUCAUGGUGAUCAUUGUCCUUCGGAUUUUUGUUGUCAAUGGAACUCCGAACACAGAUUUUUACGCUGAAGAUUGCAGUAUUGAUGGUUACGCACCCGACGAUCCUCACCAAAGCAGUAUAGGUUAUGUGCUGAGUGAUCUAGUGACGGGAACACCCGCCGCGCCGGGAUACCGAUACCGUAAUGUGCCUCCUCCUGGUUCUCUUUCUCAAGCUUCCGGUCAAGGAACUUGUACGCCGUCGUUGUCGGUUUCAGAUUGCGAGACAUGCAUGGUCGCCGCGUAUGGUGCUAUCCAGAAUUAUUGUCCUGGUCAUUUGUCGGGUGAUGUGAUCCUCAAAGAUUGUUCGAUUGGAUACUUUACAAUGUAA